AUGUUGCCCGACGAUUUAGCUAGUUCUUACUCAAGCUACAAGGCAGAUACGUCUUUGUUCACAAAUUGGCUUUUCAAAUCCGCCAUAGCUUGUGGCUAUAAGAUACCGAUAGUCAUAUCUCCAAUUCAAGAUGUCUUGACACCAGUUCCAGUCUUAAAGCCACAGCCCAGGCUCAAAGGGAAGGCUAGAAAGCUCGCCAAAGAAUCUAAGGAGAGACAAAAGAUUCAAGAAAGUGUACCUGUGUUGAGAGCGCCCUCAAAUAAGUACACUAUCACAACAACAGAGAUCUUGAAGCAAGCCGAUUUUGUCACUGGAAAGAUUGAGCUACCACAGUCGGUUCGCAAGGUUCUUCAGAGAGCGAUCCAGGCUCGACAUCGCUGUGCAAAUUGGUUCGAGUCGUCCAAUUUUGAGAAUCAGUCUUCGAACAAAGGUCAUCAACAUUUCAUUGGACUUCUACAAGACAUUCUCAGUGCUCUAGACCAGGGCCGAAAUGACAGGAGUCGAUCGAAUAGCACGUAUGUACCAAACAAGACCACAACAAAGUCCCAAGACACGGAAGCUUCUUGGAAUGAGAUAUCCAAUAGCUUUCAAAACCUUGGCGUCGAAGACUGUUUGGAAGAAGACAGUGAGAUCGAAAAUGAUGAAGAAAGUCCAGAGCCCAAUACUGACACCCCGGACACUUGCGAACUAGAAGAAGAAUCCUUGGAGAUGAAGAUGAGCAUGAUGAUCUUCUAUUUCUUUGAGGAUCUUCAUCGGAUUCAAAAUUUCCUGCGUGGAAUAUGGAAGAGAUACAAGGAUAAGACGCUAGAUCUCCUCAGCGCUACCUUGAUCACAAAUGCAGCUUUUGAGUCAGUUCGCCGUAGUGAACAGGAAAUCUUGAGCAAUGCACCAAAGUUAUUCUCAAAGAAACGAUCAUAUGACACCAUUGCAGCUGUCAUCUUCUACGCAAACGGACUCAACACAGGGAAAGACCCCACACAGAAAAUGGAGUCGAAGGAAUGGUUACGGCCUACACCAUUUGACGACUUCAUAUAUCUAUCCACUGCUCGUAUUUUGAUGAAAUACGAUAAGCUUUAUAAGAUAGGUCCCGUCUAUCCCAUUCCUACACUUCCGUUACGAUCAGCUUACAUCUCAUGCCCGGAGAUUCUGGGAACUCCUUACAUGGACAAGAAGGAAAAGGAGGAUGUCUUACUCUCACAACUCAUCAUGGAUCUUGACUUGCUCGACGAACAUAACAAAUUCACGAAAAAUGAGGAACAUCAAGCUCCGGCACAAUAUGCACCUCCAGCCUCAGAUGCUUUGACUUCCGGCUUGUUGAAAUUAAAAGACGAAGGAAACAUCAGCGUCACUGUCGUAUUUGCCUCGCAAAUAUUCCUCGAUUUGAACGAGAUACUUGGCGAUAACAUCCGAGAAGGACGCGAAGAUUGGGAGAGAUUGGUUUCUAAAGGUCAACCUAGUCUAGAUUCCUGUGUCUUUCUUCCAAAGGAUACCGCUAGUGGUCACACGUGGAGUCCUAACGAUAUACAUACGAUUAAGAAGAUAGUCGAAAUCAAUUUCAGGUAUACCGACUCCACAGCGCUCAUAAGAUUUAAGCAGCGCUUCCUGAAGUUCUGCUCAGGGCCAGAUUGGGGCAAAGUUUAUGAUAACGAGUCCACUUCUACAACAGGCUUGGUUAAUCGCUUGGAUCAAGAAUCAAGUAGCGCUUCUGUCCUCCAACCAAUGGCGAGCAAGAACACAUACUGCACGGAACAAGGAAACCUACCAGGAGUACAGUUCUCAAAAGAUCUAGUGCUAACCAACACCUAUACUCGGUUUCCAGAGUGGGGUAUCCUUUGGGAUGGCAAGUUAGCCUAUGAUUGGAGCGAAAAAUGGUUGGUACGCAUUGGCGCAGUUACGAAAGCUGGUAACACUGAGACACGCAAUCAGCAACUCAUUGAAGGUAUCAGACAGCUCGAUAUUCGAUUGGUAAAGCCUCCUAGCGACCCAAUCUUUUUUUACACACACAAUCCUAUUUUUUGUGGGAUGGUUGCUCUCAGAUUAUCGACGAGCUACGACGAGGCCGGUCUUGCCCAUUCUGAUUAUCACCUUGUCAUGACCUUCGCGGCACAUCUGUACGAGGAAUGUGUAAGAACCAAGUUUAUUAAAAAAAGAUGGCCAGCACUGGAAACAAUGAUAAAGCUACACAGGAAGGAAGUUUUUGAUGGAAUCGUGCCAAAGUCCGCAGACGAGGCGUACAAUAUAUUCUCCAAACGCUUUUUCCUUUCCAAAGUUUCAGAUCGAGAAUAUACCAGAACAAGACGUUCACCAAAUAUGACCAUGCCUAAACUGUCCAGAAAUACUCUCAGUCUAGCUAUCCGUCCAUUUCUGGAGCACCAAGCCACUUUCGAUGAAGCCACCAAUAAUCUCCAGAAUCUAGUCCAAGAUCUUCCGGCGGCAGCAAUGAGGAAAGACAGAAAUCGACGUGCAAAACGACAACUCACUUCAUUACAAUUCCUUCGUGUUUUGGAAGACUUUCUGCCCGAUGAGAUACCAAAAUUUCAAUUCGAUUACAUCUCGUUGACAAUCCUUUGUUAUCGCCUAUUGGAGAAAAUUCGAUUGGGAAUCGAUCCCACUGGAAAAAAGAAUCCAAAGCGGAAAUUGCUCUGUGGAAUUGAACCGGCGUAUUUGUAUAUGACUUUGGAUAUACUAUCUAAAGGGAGGACUGGAGGCGAAAACCCAUUGUUGAAAAUUGCAGCGGGGGUGUUCGACAAGUUUUUGGAGGAGGAAAUUUUGAAAUAA